AUGGAGUUUGUCCUUCUCUUUACGCUCCUCCUGGCUACCUCCCAUGCCGCGAUUAUCUCCGAUCCAGUCCUUGACAGUAACGGAAAUGAGCUCAAACGGGGUCGCCAGUACUACGUGCUGCCGGCGAUUUUCGGUCCCACCGGCGGGGGCCUGAAGCUGGUGUCCCUCAACGAGACCUGUCCCCUGUCCGUGGCCCGGGAGGAAUCGGAGGUCGCCUGGGGGCUGUCCGUCAUGUUCUUCCCGGAGAACCCGGACACGUCCACCGUGGUCGAGGGGGCCACGUUCUACGCCAUGUUUGCGGCGCCUACCCAGUGCACGGAGUCCACGGUGUGGAGAGCCAAGGAGGGGACCCUGACGACGGGCGGAUCCGUAUCCCAGAGCAUUGCUCCUCAUGAUAGUAGGUUCGCCAUACAUAAAUCUGAUGAAUUCCCGAGAUCCGCCUACAAGAUCAGCUUUUGCCCGUGCAGCGUCGAUGUAGAGCGCCCAUCCUGCCGCGUUGGAUGCUCAGUCGUUGAUUCACUGCCUAAUACUGUUGUCUUUAUGAAUGCUGAGGCGGAUGAAGCCGUUAUCCGUUCCAAGGCGUAG